AUGGAUCCUAUCAAGUACAUAUUUGAGAAACCAUCUCUUACCGGUAGAAUUGCCCGAUGGGAUAUGUUGUUGUCCGAAUACGAUAUUCAAUAUGUUGCACAAAAGGCCAUCAAGGGGAGUGUACUAGCAGAUCAUCUUGCUCACCAGCCGUUAGAGGAUUACCAACCAUUGAAGUUUGAAUUCCCAGAUGAGGACAUCAUGGUUGUCAAGGAUACUGAAACCUCUGAACUUGAGGAGGAACAUGAAACAAUUGAACGUUGGACUCUCAUGUUCAACGGCGCUUCAAAUGCCAUAGAUCAUGGAAUUGGGGCAAUGUUGAUGUCUCCCAAGAAUUUUCAUUUACCAUUCACUGCAAAGCUUUGUUUUACCUGCACGAACAACAUGGCCGAGUACGAAGCUUGUAUAUUAGGGCUAGAAGAAUCUAUUGAGUUAAAGAUCAAAGUACUGGAGGUAUUCUGA